AGUUACCCACCUAAAGUUGCAAUCAAAGGUUGUAACUUUAGUCACUACUUAUGAGUUCGUGAAUAAUCAGAAAACUUUUUGGGUUUGAAUGUGUGUUUUUGAUGUGUUUGACCUUUUGAGGUUGGAAUUGAGUGAGGAGAGGAUUGCAUAUAUUUCUUUCUGACACACCCACCUCUAUUUAACAAAUGGGAAUAUUAAUUACCUUUUUGAUUUUUAAUAAAAAUUUUGGUGGUGACUGUGAAGCAUUUGAUUUUAUUUUGGGGGUGAAUUAGAAUUUAGAUACAUGGACAGAAACAGAUAAAUAAAUUAAUUCUAAUUAGAAGAAGUUGGGGUUUUUAUACGAAUUUCUUUUUGGGAUUUGGAUUUUACGGGCCUAGGGUUCUCUUUUCAUACCUUUAACUCGUCUAUUCUGUGCUUUCUUUGUGAUUCUUCGUCGCCAUUCUCUUCUGGGUUGUUCAAGUUCCUCAAUUUCCUCAUCUGGGUCUCUUUCAAUUUUUUUCUGUUCUUCAAUCUUCUGGGCCGAUUUGGUUUGUGCUUCCUUGAAUGUCAGCUACUAGGUGGAUUAGAGUUGGAAUUUUUUAUCAGGAAGUUGGAAAUUGAGGCCUGUCUCAGUGCUGUAAACUAGGGGAUGUGAUGGUUUUGGGGCUCUUAAGUGUUGUGUGAGGAGCUUGAGCUUCUUUGCUGCUGCCAACUCUCUGUUGGGGGCCUUCAGGGAAACAAUGUUUCAUGCUCAGGGAACUUGUAGUGUUCUUGUGGUCACUUGUGGAGAGAUUUCGGAAGAUAAACGUGGUAAGGACAUUCCGGAGGAUAAGCUGAGGUACCCGUUUCCGGAGUUGGUAUCUUCAGGGCGUUUGGAGGUUCAAACUCUGACUAACCCAAGCAAAGAGGAGUUUUGUAAAUUGCUUGAAUCGUAUAAGCCGAAUCUUGUAUACUUGCAAGGAGAGCAGCUUGAAAAUGAUGAAGUUGGUUCUCUUGCCUGGAGAGAUGCUGAUUUGUCAACUGCUGAAUCUAUAUCCGACAUCUUCGAUGCCACAUUGCCUACAACUGUUUAUUUGGAGGUUCCAAAUGGUGAAGAAUUGGCAGUGGCACUUCAAUCAAAGGGAAUUCCUUACGUGAUAUAUUGGAAAGAUGCAUUUUCUACUUAUGCUGCUUCCCACUUUCGACAUGCUUUACUUUCAGUGGUACAAAGUUCAUCAACUCAUACAUGGGAUGCUUUCCAACUUGCACAUGCUUCCUUUAGGCUCUACUGUGUACAAAACAACCAUGUUGUUCGUGCUAACUUAGAUAAAUCCAUUGCUGAGCUGGACCCGUGCAUUCUUGGUGAGCAUUUGAAAAUUAGUGUUGACCCCCCUGAAGCAGAUAUGGAGGAAGAUGAAGAAGGUGCUACGGGUUCCCUUCCCGCUAUAAAGAUACACGAUGAUGAUGUGAGCUUGAGAUUUCUUGUUUGUGGGCAGCCCUCCACAUUGGAUGCAGGCAUAUUAGAACCAUUGGAGGAUGGUCUCAAUGCCCUUCUAAACAUCGAAAUGCGUGGAAGCAAGCUUCAUGGCAAGUUUAGUGCUCCUCCGCCACCUCUACAGGCUGGGACAUUUUCUCGUGGUGUUGUGACUAUGCGAUGUGAUAUAUCAACUUGUAGUUCUGCUCACAUAUCACUUCUUGUGUCGGGUAGUGCACAAACUUGCUUCGAUGAUCAGCUCUUGGAGAAUCAUAUAAAGCAUGAAGUCAUUGAGAUGAAUCAACUAGUACAUGCACUCCCCAACAAUGACGCAAACAAAUUACCUCUAGCGGAACCACGAAAAUCUGCCGCAAUUGCCUGUGGAGCUACAGUAUUUGAAGUUAGCAUGAAGGUUCCUGUAUGGGCUUCACAGGUUUUGAGGCAGCUUGCACCUGAUGUUUCUUAUCAUAGUUUAGUUGCACUUGGAAUCGCCAGCAUUCAGGGGUUACCAGUUGCUUCUUUUGAGAAAGAUGAUGCUGACCGCCUUCUUUUCUUCUGUUCAAGUCGAGGGAAAGAUAGCAAGUCAAAUGAUUUCUUUGUUAGCAGCCCUCCUGCUUGGUUGAGACCACCUGCUCCUAGUAAGAAGAGAUCUCGCCCAUGCCAAGAGACAAUCCCAGGCUUUCGUGGCAGCCAGGCGCUUCCAAAUCUAGCUGCUUCUAAAGUAGAGGAAAAUGAAAAAGGACUUGGAGCAGUGAAUGGAUUUAGCACACCAUUGCUCCCGGCCAGGCAAAGAUUAAAAACAGCUGCCAUGCGGCCCAUUCCUCAUGUUCGUCGUCCUAAAAUGACACCAUUUUCUGGAAUUUCUGAGGUAAAUGGGCAUGAUGGAAGCCAGGUGGUGAAGGCUCAUCUGCCUCCUGUUCCGCCCACAAAGCUCAAUAUUGUUGGAUUGACUCCUACAACGCAACGAAAGUCGUACUCCAGCUCAUCACAAGCUAAGCAGAUUAUUUCCUUGAAUCCUCUGCCUUUAAAGAAACAUGGUUGUGGUCGAGGCCCGAUACAUUCUUGCUUAGAGGAGGAGUUUUUGAAGGAUGUAAUGCAGUUUCUACUCCUCCGUGGACAUAAUCGACUCAUUCCACAGGGUGGACUGACUGAGUUUCCAGAUGCCAUUCUCAAUGGAAAACGUCUUGACCUCUACAACUUGUAUAAAGAGGUGGUUACCAGAGGAGGCUUUCAUGUUGGCAAUGGCAUCAACUGGAAAGGACAGAUCUUUUCGAAGAUGCGCAACUACACAAUGACCAAUAGAAUGACUGGUGUUGGAAAUACACUUAAAAGACAUUACGAAACCUACCUUCUUGAAUAUGAGUUGGCUCAUGAUGAUGUGGAUGGAGAGUGUUGCUUAUUGUGUCACAGUAGCGCAGCAGGGGAUUGGGUAAACUGCGGAAUAUGUGGUGAGUGGGCCCACUUUGGCUGUGACAGAAGACAGGGUCUUGGUGCCUUUAAGGAUUAUGCAAAAACAGAUGGGCUGGAAUACAUUUGUCCGCAUUGCAGUAUUAGCAACUUCAAGAAGAAACCGCAGAAAGUCACAAAUGGAUUUCCCCAAGGCUCAACACUAUCACGGCCACUGUAAUUCAGUUUUGCUCCAUUAUAAUGAUAACAUAUUCUUUUUCAUUUGGCUCUCUGAUUCGGAGGUUGCUUUCCUCCCCUAUCCGGCACGAGAAAUUGAUAAUUUGUUCAGGUAUUGGGAUUAGCAUGUAUUCAUUAGGCCUCAGUUGCUGCAUUCAUAAUGCCUCAGUUGCUGCGUUCAUAAUGCCUCAAUUGCGGUGAUGGUAAAGUAAAAGAUAGGAGACCGAAGAUGGGGGGAGGACAAAUUUAGAAAACAGCAAGUGUAGUAGAGCGCAUACUAGUUAGUGUAGACAUUUUAUUACGGGUGGGAAAUUUCUGUCCUCUUUGCCCUUUUGUUUUCGUUCUUGCUUUUCCUUUGGGGAGAGGGGGUUCGUGGUUGAUAGUCGAUAAAUCCCAUGAUUCAGAGGGUCGUUGUAAUAUAAAUCCGAGUAUCUCUAUGCUAUGUUAACAUAUAUGACUGAUGUAGUGUUUAAUGAAAGAUUAAUGAUUAUGAUUAUACUAGCUUAUAA